UUAUUUAUAUUGUAAAGAAUUUUAAUAGUCCUGGGGACUUCCUUGAAAGAUCAUUUUCACUUUUGCUCAGAAGAAAGCUCUGGAUCUAUCAAAUAAAGAAGUCUUUCGUGUGGGCUACAUAUAUAGAUGUUUUCAUGAAGAGGAGUGAAAAGCCAGAAGGAUAUAGACAAAUGAGGCCUAAGACCUUUCCUGCCAGUAACUAUACUGGCAGUAGCCGGCAAAUGUUACAAGAAAUUCGGGAAUCCCUUAGGAAUUUAUCUAAACCAUCAGAUGCUGCUAAGGCUGAGCAUAACAUGAGUAAAAUGUCAACUGAAGAUCCUCGACAAGUCCGAAAUCCACCCAAAUUUGGGACACAUCAUAAAGCCUUGCAGGAAAUUCGAAAUUCUCUGCUUCCAUUUGCAAAUGAAACAAAUUCUCGUAGUACUUCAGAAGUUAAUCCACAAAUGCUUCAAGACUUACAAGCUGCUGGAUUUGAUGAGGAUAUGGUUAUACAAGCUCUUCAGAAAACAAACAACAGAAGUAUAGAAGCAGCAAUUGAAUUCAUUAGUAAAAUGAGUUACCAAGAUCCACGACGAGAGCAGAUGGCUGCGGCAGCUGCCAGACCUGUUAAUGCCAGCAUGAAACCAGGGAAUGUGCAACAAUCAGUUAACCGCAAACAGAGCUGGAAAGGUUCUAAAGAAUCCUUAGUUCCUCAGAGACAUGGCCCACCACUAGGAGAAAGUGUGGCCUAUCAUUCUGAGAGUCCCAGCUCACAGACAGAUGUAGGAAGACCUUUGUCUGGAUCUGGUAUAACAGCAUUUGCUCAAGCUCACUCUAGCAACGGACAGAGAGUGACCCCCCUACCGCCACCUCAAGUAAGGAGUGUCACUCCUCCACCACCUCCAAGAGGCCAGACUCCCCCUCCAAGAGGUACAACUCCACCUCCUCCUUCAUGGGAACCAAACUCUCAAACAAAGCGCUAUUCUGGGAACAUGGAAUACGUAAUCUCCCGAAUCUCUCCUGUCCCACCUGGGACAUGGCAAGAGGGCUAUCCACCACCACCUCUCAAUACUUCCCCCAUGAAUCCUCCUAAUCAGGGACAGAGAGGCAUUAGUUCUGUUCCCGUUGGCAGACAACCAAUCAUCAUGCAGAGUUCUAGCAAAUUUAACUUUCCAUCAGGGAGACCUGGAAUGCAGAAUGGUACUGGACAGACUGAUUUCAUGAUACACCAAAAUGUUGUCCCUGCUGGCACUGUGAAUCGGCAGCCACCACCUCCAUAUCCUCUGACGGCAGCUAAUGGACAAAGCCCUUCUGCUUUACAAACAGGGGGAUCUGCUGCUCCUUCAUCAUAUACAAAUGGAAAUAUUCCUCAGUCUAUGAUGGUGCCAAACAGAAAUAGUCAUAACAUGGAACUAUAUAACAUUAAUGUGCCUGGACUGCAGACAAAUUGGCCUCAGUCAUCUUCUGCCCCAGCCCAGUCAUCCCCAAGCAGUGGGCAUGAAAUCCCUACAUGGCAACCUAACAUACCAGUGAGGUCAAAUUCUUUUAAUAACCCAUUAGGAAAUAGAGCAAGUCACUCUGCUAAUUCUCAGCCUUCUGCUACAACAGUCACUGCAAUUACACCAGCUCCUAUUCAACAGCCUGUGAAAAGCAUGCGUGUAUUAAAACCAGAGCUACAGACUGCUUUAGCACCUACACACCCUUCUUGGAUACCACAGCCAAUUCAAACUGUUCAACCCAGUCCUUUUUCUGAGGGAACCACUUCAAAUGUGACUGUGAUGCCACCUGUUGCUGAAGCUCCAAACUAUCAAGGACCACCACCACCCUACCCAAAACAUCUGCUGCACCAAAACCCAUCUGUUCCUCCAUAUGAAUCAAUCAGUAAGCCUAGCAAAGAGGAUCAGCCAAGCUUGCCCAAGGAGGAUGAGAGUGAAAAGAGUUAUGAAAAUGUUGAUAGUGGGGAUAAAGAAAAGAAACAAAUUACAACUUCACCCAUCACUGUUAGGAAAAACAAGAAAGAUGAAGAGCGAAGGGAAUCUCGUAUUCAAAGUUAUUCUCCUCAGGCAUUUAAAUUCUUCAUGGAGCAACAUGUAGAAAAUGUACUCAAAUCUCAUCAGCAGCGUCUACAUCGUAAAAAACAAUUAGAGAAUGAAAUGAUGCGGGUUGGAUUAUCUCAAGAUGCCCAGGAUCAAAUGAGAAAGAUGCUUUGCCAAAAAGAAUCUAAUUACAUUCGUCUUAAAAGGGCUAAAAUGGACAAGUCUAUGUUUGUGAAGAUAAAGACACUAGGAAUAGGAGCAUUUGGUGAAGUCUGUCUAGCAAGAAAAGUAGAUACUAAGGCUUUGUAUGCAACAAAAACUCUUCGAAAGAAAGAUGUUCUGCUUCGAAAUCAAGUCGCUCAUGUUAAAGCUGAGAGAGAUAUCCUGGCUGAAGCUGACAAUGAAUGGGUAGUUCGUCUAUAUUAUUCAUUCCAAGAUAAGGACAAUUUAUACUUUGUAAUGGACUACAUUCCUGGGGGUGAUAUGAUGAGCCUAUUAAUUAGAAUGGGCAUCUUUCCAGAAAACCUGGCACGAUUCUACAUAGCAGAACUUACCUGUGCAGUUGAAAGUGUUCAUAAAAUGGGUUUUAUUCAUAGAGAUAUUAAACCUGAUAAUAUUUUGAUUGAUCGUGAUGGUCAUAUUAAAUUGACUGACUUUGGCCUCUGCACUGGCUUCAGAUGGACACAUGAUUCUAAGUACUAUCAGAGUGGUGACCAUCCAAGGCAAGAUAGCAUGGAUUUCAGUAAUGAGUGGGGGGAUCCCUCAAGCUGUCGAUGUGGAGACAGACUGAAGCCGUUAGAGCGGAGAGCUGCACGCCAGCACCAGCGAUGUCUAGCACAUUCUUUGGUUGGGACUCCCAAUUAUAUUGCACCUGAAGUGUUGCUACGAACAGGAUACACACAGUUAUGUGAUUGGUGGAGUGUUGGUGUUAUUCUUUUUGAAAUGUUGGUGGGACAACCUCCUUUCUUGGCACAAACACCAUUAGAAACACAAAUGAAGGUUAUCAACUGGCAAACAUCUCUUCACAUUCCACCACAAGCUAAACUCAGUCCUGAAGCUUCUGACCUUAUUAUUAAACUUUGCCGAGGACCCGAAGAUCGCUUAGGCAAGAAUGGUGCUGACGAAAUAAAAGCUCAUCCAUUUUUUAAAACAAUUGAUUUCUCCAGUGACCUGAGACAGCAGUCUGCUUCAUACAUUCCUAAAAUCACACACCCAACAGAUACAUCAAAUUUUGAUCCUGUUGAUCCUGAUAAGUUAUGGAGUGAUGAUAACGAGGAAGAAAAUGUAAAUGACACUCUCAAUGGAUGGUAUAAAAAUGGAAAGCAUCCUGAACAUGCAUUCUAUGAAUUUACUUUCCGGAGAUUUUUUGAUGACAAUGGCUACCCAUAUAAUUAUCCGAAGCCUAUUGAAUAUGAAUACAUUAAUUCACAAGGCUCAGAGCAGCAGUCGGAUGAAGAUGAUCAACACACAGGCUCAGAGAUUAAAAAUCGAGAUCUAGUGUAUGUUUAACGCGCUAGUAAAUAAAUUAAUGAGGAUUUG